AUGAAAGGUUUUGAUAAAAUGUCAUUUAAAACACAUAUGGACUGUCCUGUGCUGGACAAUCCUACAGAUGGAACUGUAUCUGCCACCGGAGUUACAUACUUAUCUACAGCUACAUAUUCCUGCAAUUCCGGAUUUGAAAUAGUCGGAACUGAAACAAGAACGUGUAAUACUGGAGGUGUGUGGAGUGGUUCUGCACCUACAUGUGCCGACAAUGACGAAUGUGCUCUCGGUACUGAUAACUGUGCGCAGGAUGCAACAUGUACAAAUACAGAAGGGGCAUUUAGCUGUACAUGUAAUAGCGGCUAUUCAGGAGAUGGUGUUACCUGUGAUGACAAUGACGAAUGUGUUCUCGGUACUCAUAACUGUGCGCAGGAUGCAACAUGUACAAAUACAGAAGGGGCAUUUAGCUGUACAUGUAAUAGCGGCUAUUCAGGAGAUGGUGUUACCUGUGAUGACAAUGACGAAUGUGUUCUCGGUACUCAUAACUGUGCGCAGGAUGCAACAUGUACAAAUACAGAAGGGGCAUUUAGCUGUACAUGUAAUAGCGGCUAUUCAGGAGAUGGUGUUACCUGUGAUGACAAUGACGAAUGUGCUCUCGGUACUCAUAACUGUGCGCAGGAUGCAACAUGUACAAAUACAGAAGGGGCAUUUAGCUGUACAUGUAAUAGCGGCUAUUCAGGAGAUGGUGUUACCUGUGAUGACAAUGACGAAUGUGUUCUCGGUACUCAUAACUGUGCCCAGGAUGCAACAUGUACAAAUACAGAAGGGGCAUUUAGCUGUACAUGUAAUAGCGGCUAUUCAGGAGAUGGUGUUACCUGUGAUGACAAUGACGAAUGUGUUCUCGGUACUCAUAACUGUGCGCAGGAUGCAACAUGUACAAAUACAGAAGGAGCAUUUAGCUGUACAUGUAAUAGCGGCUAUUCAGGAGAUGGUGUUACCUGUGAUGACAUAGACGAAUGUGACCUGAAUACCGACAAUUGUGCUGAAGAUGCAACAUGUACAAAUGAACCUGGAACAUUUGCAUGCACCUGCAAUGGUGGUUAUUCAGGAGACGGUGUAACUUGCAUAGAUGUUGAUGAAUGUGCUCUCAGCCUCGACAACUGUGCUGGGGACGCUACAUGCUCAAAUACUCUAGGGGCAUUUAGCUGUACCUGUAACAGUGGUUACUCAGGAAAUGGUGUCACUUGUGAAGAUGAAGAUGAAUGUGCUCUAAACACCGACGGCUGUGAUGUUGCAGCGUCCUGUACAAACACACCUGGAUCUUAUUCCUGUGUUUGUAACAUUGGUUAUGUAGGAAACGGUUUUACCUGUCAAGAUACAGACGAAUGUUUGCUUAACAUCGAUAAUUGCGCUGAGGAAGCAUUGUGUGUAAAUACACACGGAUCGUAUAGAUGCAUUUGCAAAAGCGGUUAUUCAGGAGAUGGCAUCACCUGCCAAGGUGAGCAAAACCAUUAAGUUUCUACACUUGUCAUAAUUGAGAAUAUCUACAUAAUGAUUAUUAAGAUUAGUAACUGAUAUAAUAUUAUGUAGGUUUAAUGAUAUAAGGUUUAUGUAGAGUUUAAGUCAGUUAUUAAAUGGAUCAGAAUUUUGAAAAACUACAGGCUUUUUGAGAGCAUUAAUUUUGUGUUAUUAGUAUUUAAGCAACAUAGACACAAAAAAACACAGUUCUUUAUAAUAGU